AGUGUAGCCCCAUCAGUGCCACCUGUCAGUGUCCAUCAAUGCCAGCUGUCAGUGCUCAUCAAUGCCACCUGCCAGUGCCUAUCAGUGCCACAUAUCAGUGCCUACCAUCAGUGCCCCCUAUCAAUGCCAAUCAGUGAUGCCUAUCAGUGCGCAUCAGUGCCGCCUAUCAGUGUCCAUCAGUGCCGCCUAACAUUGCCAGUCAGUGUCACCUAACAGUGUCAGUCAGUGCCGCCUAUCAGUGCCAUAUAUGAGUGCUGCCUUUCAGUGCCCAUCAGUGAUG